AUCUGAUCCCGGCUGCUGAGGGGUAUUCCUGCUGGACGUCGACUCUGAAAGAGACAAAGCCUGACACAGGUCCCUGUCCUAUCCGGAUCUUCUUGAGGGACGCCGGCGUCCUCCGUGAUGCAGCGUGAGGAGCUGUCCAGAGAGGAGUUCACGUACAGCCACGUCCCCGUGUCCGAGAGGACUGCGGGGGCACUGGGGCGACGGGGCAACAGGGUGCAGGACAAAGGGCCGGAGAGGGGGCUAGGGACCCUGGAGCGAAACAGGCCCGAGCGGGAUAGCUACACGGUGGACGUGAGAGCCAGUGACCUGCAGCUGGCCCAGCCCGAGCCCCUGAAGCCCGCCUGCGUCAGCUGCAGAGCCUGGCUCUACAGCGUCCUCAUAGGGGGCAGUCUGCUGAUCACGGCUGGUUUCUCUCUGUACCUGGGUAAUGUGUUUCCCGGUGCCAUGGACUACCUGCGAUGUGCCGCUGGCUCUGGCAUCCCUGCAGCAUUUGCAAGUUUUGCCAUUGCCAAGAACCGACAUGUUGCUGUGUCCGAUUUCCAGUUGGUUUAUGUCUCAACAUUUGCUGUGACGACCACUUGCCUGGUUUGGUUUGGAUGUAAACUGGUCCUGAGUCCCUCUGCUAUCAACAUCAAUUUUAACCUCAUCCUCAUGAUUGUGCUGGAGGUGCUCAUGGCCACUACUGUCAUCCUGUCCGCCCGCUCUGCAGAGGACUGCUGCAGCAACAGGAAGACGAUGACAUACAACAGGCCUGUGGUUUUAACCCCUGCCGUUUUCCCCACUCGGGUCCUGAAGGCAUAUUCUGUGAUAGAAGUCAUAGUGGGGAUCUCGGCUGUGUUUGGGUUUAUCAUCGCUCUCAAUAUGGACGCGUUGCUACCCGGACCCUACAUGUCCGUCACUCUUUUCUGGAUCCUGGUAGCUUGUUUCCCCAGUGCUAUAGCCAGCCACGUCGUGUCAGAAUACCCCAGCAAAUGUCUGGUGGAGGUGCUGAUUGCCAUCAGCAGCGUGACAUCUCCGCUGCUCUUCUCAGCCUCGGGCUUCCUCUCCUGCAGCCUACUCAACUUUGUCGAGAUCUUUCUGCAUGACGUGCCCACCGAAAAGCAAUCCUAUGACAUCCUGCUGCUGAUUCUGCUGAUACUGCUGCUGGUGCAGGCAGUUCUGACUCUGGCCACUGUGGUGCACUGUGCCUCCUACAAGAGCCGGCUUCGCAUGGGGGCUCCGGAGUGGGAGAACAGCCUGCACAACUCAUCCCAACAUUCAGAGCAGCAUGCAUCUGACGGAGUCAUGCAAGAUUUUGACAAAGACAAGGCCUGGAAGGCGGUCGUGGUCCAAAUGGCUCACUGA